AUGCUUCAAUGUUUUAAGAAUGUCUUGGUCCCUAUGAAACCCUACUAUACCCUGGUUUACCAGGAAAUUUACGUAAGAAUGAGGUUAAUGACCCUCAUCAUUUAUAAAAUCAGGAAUGCUGAUAAAAGAAGAAAAGCUUUGAAUGGCUCCAGUCGUUCACCUACCCAUGUCAAUCACUAA